AUGGUGUCAGCUGAAGGCGAUAUUAAGCCUGAUCCAAGGAAUCCUAGACGAUACAUAUCUUUAUUCCCUGGUGAAUUAAGACCUCAGAACACAAUGACUGCAAAAUAUAGCGAACGAUGUCCAUAUUCUGUGGAACAUGCUAUGGCAUCAACAAAAUCUUUUGUGAAAGUGUAUUGGCAAGCUCCGCCCCCGAACAGUGGAUGUGUAACUUUACAUGCCAUGGUAUCAGAAACUCAGGAUAUUUGGUUCGACAGCGGAGCACCCUUGUCCCAGAGACUUUGUGAGGACAUGCGCCAGCCGGAUGACGUCACUCCACAGUUGAAUUACAAUUGUAACAUCUGCGAUGAGGCUAAGUAUGAGGUAUGUUUCACUGGUAUUUGGUCUCGUAAUACCCAUCCCCGUCUCUACCCUGAGAACGAUUGGUUGCCAUUCUACAGCGAUCUGAUUGGUGCGAGUCACUCCUCUGAAUACAUCCUCUGGGCGCCAGGGUCCUAUGCCUCUAAUGGGUUUAGGGACCUCGCGGAACAUGCGAAUGGCAGUAAAAUGGAGGCAGAGAUUAGAGAAAAGAUUGGCGAUGGAGUGCGAACUUUGAUUAAAGGCAAGGGUCAUGGGUACCGUAAGAUGAGCACUCCCACGUAUGCUUUCUUCAGAACAGAUAGGGUGAACCAUCUGUUCACGGUGGCUGUUGGUUUCCAACCUUCACCUGAUUGGUUCUUAGGUGUUACACGAUUUGAGUUGUGUCAACAAAACAAUACGUGGAUAACGGAAAGGACACUUAAUUUAUAUCCUUGGGACGCCGGCACUGAUAGCGGUGUAUCAUACGAGUCACCCAACUUAGAAACAUUUCCACAAGACACAAUAUCGCGCGUACAAAUGAGUACAUAUGAUAAAAAGUCGCCAUUUUACGAAAUGGACAUCAAGGACCUGAAUCCGUUUGGAAAACUACACAUAAAACUAAUAAGAACAUAUCACAGACGAUGCAAAGAUGAUGACACAAACCCUGAAGAAGCAACAACAACAGAAGAACCAACUACAACUGAGGAAAAUCCUCUUGAGCCAUACGAGCCAUCCAGGUACCGAUCCAAUGAUAGUACACGCGAAGUCCCAUUAGUAACAGAUCCGGAAGCCGACCAAGACUGUCCGAUCUCUCAGUGGCAGGAGUGGAGUCCGUGUGACGGCUCUUGUGAGGGUGGUCGCUUGAUUGGUUACCGCUGGAGAGAGAGGUAUCACCUCGUAGACGGGGUGGCUGUAGAGAAAUAUGACCCUAACAUAGAUCCAACGACGUUGAAGGAAGUGCCACAGUAUUGUAAAGAACAUUACGAUGACUUCGAAAGAAGUGAGUGUGAAGAGGAAUGUUCUGAUAGCAACGACGAAGUAAAUAAUCUUGAAAGUAUAAUUAACUAA